AUGCGCGUUCAAGCGCAAUACGAGGCUCUGAAAAAUUCCCUGAUUUUUUCAAUUUCAGUUGGCUGUGUAAAUGUGGCUUUCAUCAAUAAAUACAACAAGCCGAUAAGGAUCUGGAAAACAAUGUCCAAGACGAGAUUUAAGGGAUUUGUUGUCUCUGGAAAAAUAAAGAAACUAAAAACAAUCGUAGCUAAUCAGUUCAAGCCCGUUGUUUACCAUGCAGAAGCCCUGAACGGCGACAAAUCCCCACAACUGUUAUUGGACGGUCAGGAGUCACUAUCUAUUAUACCAUUUGACUGCAGCGACAAAUUUAUUAAUAUAACUGUAUCCCCUGCGCCUGGGUUGCAGCAAGACAGUGGUGAGUACAAUUACAUGUAUUUUGUAGCCUUCGUAUCAAGCGUUUCCGUUUAGUUUCGGAGCAAAGAAAGACCGAGGAACGGGUUUUGGGUUUCUUCCCUACCCCCUGCCCGCUCUUUUACUCGCCGCAUUUUUCGCGCGCCGUCUUUGACUCUCGUUCCUCGUUCUUUGCUCCGAAACCGCAUGGCAACGUUUGCUACGCAGGCUAAUGUAUUCUGAAAGGGAAUAACACUUGAAUCCAAGAAGGACAUCACAUGGAGUCCCGAAUUUUAUAACAAGAAAGUUUUCCAGAGGCGCACGAUUUGUCUCUCAGUCUUCAGGUCGUAAACGUUGGCCCUUAAAAAAUCCCUUUUAAUGACAGAGGAUUUUUCAGUGUGACCCAUCAAAACGACUGAAGAGAAAGUAUUCCAGCUCUUUGUAGGUCCGAGCUUAGACUUUUCACCUUGCCCAAAUAUGAAGUAUUAGUUGGUUUUUUGAUGCUCAGGAAUCCACUGCAAAUUGGCAAAGAUCUUUCUAUCGUAUAAUAAGAGAAGCUCUUUACUGAGGUAGAUGGACUAGAAAAAAAACUUUUUCAUGUUAAGACAACUUUUGCAAGUUUGUGACGCGAUUACUGGUUUUCUAGGCAACCCGAGGAAUAUUAUCAGCAAAACUGAGGCAAUAAGUUCGACGGAUCAUAAAGGUUGGUGCUAUUUUUACCAGAGAGUAACUCUAUAAUGAUAACAAAGCAAGACUACCCAAAACGUUAAUUGCUUGUAAUUCAAACACUACGCUUGCUUUUGCCUUCUGCGUCCGGGCAUGCUCACAGAACAAAAUUCUCCGCUUCUUAAGCCUUCUUCAAGCCGUUCUGAUAGUAACCAUCCCCCGGAUGUGUUCCACGCAUUCCGUGUCUUUUUCUACAGAGGCUUUUAUUGUUGUUGUUUCAAUAACCUGGGUUACGGGCGCCGAAAGGUGGCAUAAAGGAAGAGAAAGGGGUAGGGCGUUUCUCCCCUACUUCUUAUUGGCGGCUUCCACACAGGCUGUUUCAAGUAUUGUUUCGUUUUGUUCAGUAUGUUCUUUAUCCUUUAAUUUCUGAGAGUGACCAACAUCAAUUUUCUCUUAACGAUAUCAAUACAUAAUCAAGAGAAAAAGCCAUGAGAAUUUAUGAAAUGAUGACCCAAAGGGAAAAUGUUUUGAACAAUCGUUUUCAACUCAAUUUUUAAGGAAAUGUAUGAAAAUCAGUCUGGUGAAUUUGUAUUUGAUAAUGAGGCUUCAUGGUUUAAGUUAACACUGUUCUCUCUCUCUCUGGGAUCAGGCUCUAUUUUCGUUUCUCUUUGUAAAUAACGUUCCGGCUGAGAACUGCUAAAAUUGGGCCUGAUCUCAGGUUAUGUUUUCUCCAUCUCUCUCCAGACUGUCUUGAGUCUCAAGGAGGAAAUUCAAAUGGAUCAUGUUGCCAUUUCCCUUUUCUUUACAAAGGAGUUAAACAAAGCACAUGCAUAAACAAAGACAGACAGGUGCUCUGGUGUGCGACCACGGACAACUACGACAUGGACAACAUGUGGGGCUACUGUUAA